AUGGAGGAAGUGAACAAGGGUAGAUCACCCCGACAGAAGUCGCGACAGUCGCUUGCACACGUACCUUCCAGGUCAAACACCACAACUGAUAUUACUGCUUUAAGACAAGCAGAAGACGCAAAGUUGAAAGCGAAAAAGACUCGUGGAAAAAGUUUGGGUCCUGGUGCACUCGAAGUGCUCACAGAAAGCAAUAUCAAUACUUUGAAGACUAUACCAUCUGCUAGACCACGAUCGAUACUGAAGCCAAGCAUACCGUUGACACCUCCAAAACCCAUCCCGUCGUUCGAUGAGUUGCGCAAGAAGAGCUCCACAAAAGCCAAAUCUCCUGCGAAAGAUGCGCCAGAAGAUUUGCUCAUCGAUUUCUCAACGCCUGGUGCGUAUCCAAACACUGUUCUCAACACUGUCGUCAUGGAUGCCGAUGCUCUCGUGGAUCCGUUCAGUCCUGUGGCCAAGCCACAUACUGAUAGUUUCAAAGGCCAAGCCAUGCGCGAGGACGAGGAGGAGGAGCGCCGACAGGCCGAGAAGAAGGCUAUUAUCGAUCGGAGGAAUCAGCGACGAAAAUCACUGGCUAAUAGACGCGUUUCAUUUGCGCCUGAAGCUACAUUACAUACGUGGAGUGUGAUGGAAUUGCUAGAGGAUUCAACGACCUCAUCUGCAACUAAUUCUACACGCAGACAGUCGGCCACCACGGCCAAUCCGUCGCCUCUGCCACACAUUGCUACGCCGGCAAGACCCAACGAGCGUCUCUCCACACCCGUCGAGCAACAAAACGGAGAGGUUAUCAGCAGCAGUCCAGCCUCACAGCGUGACCUUCAUCAACGCAAGAGGAGACGCGUAUCCGACCCUGCCCAAUCUGCCGAAGACGAUAGCUUCUCGAGUCCUGGCGACGGGCCUGACAGUAGUCCUAUUAGAGUUGAAGAUAGUAUAGAUUCUGAAUCGGACAGUGAUGGGGAUACUGCCAUGAGCUUGGACGAUGCCACCCAGGACACCAUCCGAUCUUCCACUUCCUUGAAUUCACAUAAUAGUCUUGAUCAGCGUUUACGGCAAGCAGCAAGUCUGGCAGGCACCACUGGUGUUCGACACGACGAAGACAACACAGACGAAGAAGAAGACCAAGACGACCAGCCGAUGGAGAUAGCCGACGGCACUGUGACGCAUGCGUUCCGCCAGUAUGAUCGCAACGGUCAUACAGAUGCCCCCACUGACAAGGAGAAUGUGAACCACUUUCAGGAAGAUUCUCUUCAGUCAACUCAAGGCAGUGAAUAUGAGCAGGAGGGCCUGACUAUGGGCAUGACCAUGGACAUGACCAAGGCUGUCGGACGUAUCAUGCAUCGCGAGGCAGCUGAGUCCACUGCGGACACCUCUCAACGACGUCGAAGCAGUGCCUCAAGACGGAGAUCCUCCGGCGAUAGCACUCUAUCCAGCGAAGAGACGAUGGAAAUGACAGUCGCUAAGGGCGGUAUCUUAUCCUAUCUCGCCAGGGCACAAGAGGAUGUAGAGCCAGUAUCUGACGAUGAAAUGACUGUGGAGAUGACGACGGCUAUGGACGGGAUUGAGCAGCACACCGAUAAAGAGUCUUCUAUGUUAAAUGGUGUCCAAGAUACUGAAUCCAUGGAUAUGACCGUGGCUGCAGGUGGAAUCUUGCCCCCUAUUGAGGAGCAGACAGAACCACAAUCCUUCGUCGAAGAUGGAAUGACUGCAGCUAUGGACAUGACACGAGCUAUGGGAGCAAUAUUGGACUCACAUCGAUCUGUCGACCAGGACAUAAUAUAUGCCACUGCUGAGACUAUCAGCGCGGCAUGUGAAGACGGCACACUUUUGGAGCAACAGCCAAUGACCCGACGGACUUCCUCAGACGAGGAAAACCAAACGUCACCAAUGGAAGAGAUGAGAGUUAUGGGAGACAUAGUUGCAGGGAAACAACCACUGGUCGAAGUUGCGGACGUCUCAAUCUUGGACCAGGACGGAGAUGAGAAACAUUGUGGACCUGAUGUGCAGUUCAAGCUCGAGCCGGAUCAAGUCACGCUUACUCCAAAGGAUUUCAGCCUUCAGAUGGCGCCAGUUGUCCUAGAGACAGGAAGUCCAACAUUAAAGCCCCGUCCAUCAGCCCGAAGGAGUUCUCUUAUUAGCCAGUCAACUACGCCUCAUGCCACACCACAACGCUCGCGGAUAGAAUCCACCGGGCAGACCACUCCGUCCAAGCAGCUCACGCCAAUGCCACUGAAAAGUGCUUCUGCGAAGCGUACACCUGUCUUAAUGGCCAACAUCACGACAAGGAGUGCGUCCCCUAAGAAGCUAUUUGCAAAAGAGAUCCAGCAGCGAGCUUCUCCUUCGACUCGAAUGAGUCCACGCCAGAAGCAGGAUCCAAUUUUCUCCGAAGACGCAAAUACAGGUCUACGAACCCCACGCGUAGUACUACAUGCUCCGAAGCCACAUCAACAUCUUCGCAAAGGAAGUAGUGAUGUAAACAUGGCAAAGGAGGGUACUGGUUCACCACAAGUGUCUCAACUGUUGUCGCAUCGCGGGUCGAUUGGUGAAACAGUUCCCCAUUUCCAAUUAAGUCAGGAAGCUAAAUGCGAUUUUCAUCUUGAGGAUCCCCAGCAAAUAGAGCUGGAAGUCGAAGCAGAAAGAGCCGAAGAGCACAGACGAGAAAGUGGCCGCUUCGUUAUGGAGCAGGAAGGCAGUGAGCAUCAAGACGAAAACACCACGCAAAACCUGAGAGUAAUGAUCGAAUCCAUGACACCCAAACAGGACGAGAAGGCAUCUAAGAUCAAGGGACGGAAGAGUCUAGCAGUCGGAUCGGCGAAAGGUCUGCUUGGCAAACGACCACCCGAGCUUGACGAAGAUGAUUACGAGGAUAGCACUCCCAAACGUCUGAGAGUUAUGUCACGCGAGGGCAGUCCGAUCAAAAAGGUACACUUGCCCAAACCGCCUACAAGAGAGGAGACCACUGGACACCUCCCCAAGGUAGAGCAGUUUCAAAAUGAAUUCGUCAACACUCCAACUUUGAAUCAAUCACCAGUCAAGCAGGCUCAAAGCCCUGUACGGAAUGGUCGAUUCCGAGAGCCGCCAUCGGCACAGAAAGCAACUCUGUUUGACCAGAGACUCGACAACGUUGUUGAUGCUACUGACAUUUCCACGUUGCAUCCAGAGGUCGGCAAUCACGUACCUGAUGAGGAAAGGCUAUCUUUACAGGAAUUCCUCAAUAUGACCAACAUCCACUUUAUAGAGUUGUCAACAACUAAACGACGCCAUACUAUGGCCCAAUCUGCGCACAAUAAUGGAGGUAAUGAGCCAGAAAAUCCUUCACAAGCAAACUUCGUGGCUGCAGCGACCACUUUGCCCUUACUCGAGCUUUACCAACACGCUACACGAGAGUUAAAAUCCUAUGUCUCUUCAGGCCGCAAGGUGAUUCGUCAAAUUGAGGCUGAAACAUUCGCCCAUCAGCCUGCUAUCUUCAAAGAGUAUGUGGAUGGGCGUCCGGACGUAAGAGUGACCAUGGACAACCAGUUCCGUAACAGCAAGACGAGCGCGAGGUUGCAGAGCAAAGAAGGCUGGUACGCGUGGCGUGGACAGCUUGUCGAGGGUUUGCAACAGGGGCUUGAAACAGUUCGAGCAAACAUGGAACAGGACAAAUCAGUGCUGACCUCGCAGCAACAAAAAGUUGAGGAUACAGUUCCUGACUUAGUGCUUGCAAAGCAGCGGCUUGAUCGUCAUAUCAAAGAAUCGAGGAAGAGGCUACAAGAAAUCGACAGUAUCGACCACCACACGUUGAAAGCGACCCGUGGCGAGCUGUUCGGACUCGAUCAAGAAGUCUCACGCAGCUCACAGCAGGUAUCUGCCCUCCAGCAACAGAUGCAUGAAAAGGACGAAGUUUUGUCCCAGGCUGCAGAGCUACGUCAGGAGAUGAACGAUCAAACUCGUGAAGCUACCAGAAUGCAAGAAGAGCAAGAUCGUUGGUAUUCUCACGACGUUAGCCGACACCAAGAGGCUGUCCGAAAGCUAGAAGAACAGUAUGGGUGGAAAUUACAAAGUGUAGAGGAAGCUUGUAACAAGCCAGAGCCCUUCGAUAUCACUCUGACACUUUUGUACCAGAAUCAGCUGCGAUUCUCCUUUUGUCCCGGGAUGCUACAGCCAGAUCGCAGUUCUAAUUCUGAGUCAAAGGCCCGAGACUCAGUGCCGGCGUAUGAACAUGGCGCAUCGAUCAGCUUGACAUACAGCCCAGAUGAUUAUGACGAGCGGCAUCCGAGCAAACUCCCCACUGAGCUCAAAUUCUUCUUAGAGCUCAUUCAAAACCGUCUGCAAGAAUUCGCAGCGUUGGCGAAAGAAGCAGCAACCUGCAAAACGUUGCUGAACAUGGUUGCUCAAGGUUGGAAACUAGCAAAGCAAGUGGCCGACGAGAUUCAAACAUUAAAGGCUCUCGGGAUAGUCAAAGUUUACCCAGUGAGUGGUUGCAAGCUGGGAAUCAGAUUAAUGCUCGUUCAGAGUGAUCGCAGCAGGGUGGACGUAGAGUUCAUCUUGACGGUGCUUCGGCUUGAGGAAGGAGGGUUUGGAGCUACGACAAAUGUCAGCGCUAUUCCGGUACAUGGCUCGGCCAAGCAAAUCAUGGAUGUGUCGAAGACAAGGAAGGUGCAGCAUGCACUUAGUAAAGAAGUCGAGAGCAAAGCGUUGGGCGAAAAAACAUGGGUCAGUGCUGUAGGUGGUUUUCAGGAAUGGCUUCAAGGUCAAAUGCAAGCUAGAUCAGCGGUAUCGAAAACAGAACCAACUAUGUCAAAAGAGAGUCACGAGCAAGUACAACAAGCCGUGAGACAGGAGAGAGCAGAGCCGGCAAGAGUUGAGGGAAGACGUGCGACAACUCAAUCUCCACAGCGCAGUACGACACCAAAAGCACCAGCUAGAUCACCACUGGCACCAAAAACCACCAACAGUAAGGUACACAAGAAGGCACUGCCAGUACCCAAGCGGAGCGUCGCAUCUCUGUACAUGUCGCAGCAAGACAGUCAAAUUCCAGUUCUUUCUCAGCAGAAAGAAAAUGUCAUGGCGGGAAUUUCCAAAGAAAUUAUCUCGAACAUGGACCCUAUGCGCUGUGACGAUGUUUUUGAUGGCAGCCAACCCGCCAUUCCACCUGAGGUGCAGGAAGCAAUGAUGUACACGCCAGUGAAGAGAAGAGCGGGAGCAUUAAGGCGGUCACCUAUCUGA